AUGAAGCUUCUCGCGUCAACCGUCCUUUUGGGCGCUGCUGCGGCAUCCAUACCUCAACAACAGGUUCUCCAAAACCCAUUCAAAUCGGCAACAAAGCCAGUCUCUGAUGCUUGGUCUAAAUCAAUGGAAUCUUUGGGUCAACUCACUGGUUCCAUGAAAGGCAUGACUGCCGAAGCCAAAGCUAUCUGGGAUGAAGUUUCAAUGCUUUUCCCGGAGGAGAUGGAAAAAGCUACCUUCUUCUCUAAACCAAAACCUCAUACAAAAAGACCAGAUUCUACUUGGGAUUACAUUGUCAAGGGCGCAGAUAUCCAAAGCGUUUGGGUUGAGAACUCAAAGGGAGAGAAGGAGCGUGAAAUUGAUGGAAAGCUUGAGCAAUACAACAUGAGAGCGAAGAAGGUUGACCCUAGUAAGCUCGGUGUUGAUACCGUCAAGCAAUACAGUGGUUACUUGGAUGAUGAGGAGAAUGAUAAGCAUCUUUUCUAUUGGUUCUUUGAAUCUAGAAAUGACCCUAAGAACGAUCCAGUCGUUCUUUGGUUGAACGGAGGGCCAGGAUGCUCUUCUUUGACCGGCCUCUUCCUCGAACUUGGCCCUUCCUCAAUUGACAAGAACCUCAAAAUACACAACAACCCAUACUCAUGGAACGCCAAUGCUUCUGUCAUCUUCCUUGACCAACCGGUUAACGUCGGAUACUCAUACAGUGGUUCCUCUGUCAGCAACACAGUUGCUGCAGGCAAGGAUGUUUAUGCUCUUCUCACCUUGUUUUUCAAACAAUUCCCUGAAUACGCCAAGCAAGAUUUCCACAUUGCUGGUGAAUCUUAUGCUGGUCAUUACAUCCCUGUUUUCACCAGUGAAAUCUUAUCUCACAAGAACCGCAACAUCAACCUCAAGUCUGUUCUUAUCGGUAACGGUUUGACCGAUGGACUUACACAAUAUGAGCACUACAGACCAAUGGCUUGUGGUGAUGGUGGAUGGCCAGCUGUUCUCGAUGCCAGCGCAUGCCAAGCUAUGGAUAACGCUCUUCCACGUUGCCAAAGCUUGAUCCAGAACUGCUACGACAGCGAGAGCGUUUGGUCUUGUGUCCCAGCAAGCAUUUACUGCAACAAUGCUAUGAUGGGACCUUACCAAAGAACUGGACAGAAUGUUUAUGAUGUCCGUGGCAAAUGUGAAGACACCAGCAACUUAUGCUACUCUGCCCUUGGCUGGAUUAGCGAGUUCUUGAACAAAGCCGAUGUUCAAAAGGAGCUCGGUGUCGAAGUCAGCAGUUAUGACAGCUGCAACUUUGAUAUCAACAGAAACUUCCUCUUCCAAGGUGACUGGAUGCAACCUUUCCACCGUUUGGUACCAGGUAUCCUCGAGCAAAUUCCAGUCUUGAUCUACGCUGGUGAUGCCGAUUUCAUCUGCAACUGGCUCGGAAACCAAGCAUGGACUGAUGCUCUUGAGUGGCCUGGCCAAAAGGCUUUCAACGCCGCCAAGACCAAGGACCUCCAAUUGGAGAAUGGAGACAAGACUGGUACCUUCAAGAGCAGUGGCAACUUCACAUUCGCUCGUAUCUUUGGUGCUGGACACAUGGUCCCAAUGGACCAACCUGAGGCUUCGUUGGAUUUCCUCAACAAAUGGUUGAAUGAUUAUACUCUAUAG